AAAAGGCAAGUUGAAUUCUAUCAUUUCAAAGCCUCUUGGAAUGGCAUUUUCACUCGCUAUACAAAAUGUAUUCUGUUCAUGCUUCACACAGUAAAGCAGCAUUUUCACUAGCUGCUAAACAAUCAAUGAUGAGCAACCUAUUCCUAAAGCCCCAAAUUCAUCUUCUUUCCUUUCCAUCACAACUCCUCUUCCCUCACACUCUCAACAAACUCAAUAAACCUUCUAUUCUUCCCUUUAUUCCCAUCACAACAACAUUCUCAACCCCACACUUUUCCACCACAACCACAUCACUCUCCUACGGACCCUCCCUCCACAAAGGCACCAACCCUUCCCAAUCCCAAUCUCAAUUCCCUCAAAACGACGUCGUUCUACACGAAGAAACUUUCACUAGAGUUUUCGACCUCGCUGCACUUCGCGUCCCUUCCGCCGAAUGCUCCGCUCUCGAAAGCCGCCUCCGUGGUCACCUUCUUAACUGGCCUCGCGUUCGUAACAUUGCUCGUGUUCCCGGUGAUGACAUUGACCCUAAUAUCGCUCCUCUCUUAGGUCACCAAAUUAACGGUAACAGCGACGAGGAAGAAGAAGGAGGAAAAUCUCUCGUUUCGUUGCAACGGCGUGUUAACGGAAAAUCGGAAGACGACGACGGUGACGAUUUGACCCCUGUGCUGUAUCGCGAUAAGCUUGCUAAAACGUUCAACUCUCGCGGAUUCGUGAAAUUUCGGAAUCUAGCGAAGAUUUCGAGGCCGAAUAGGAAUAAGAAGAAGGAGAAGGAGGGGGAGGGUAAAUUUGUUGAAGUUGAAGGGAAUAAGCGCGUUGGGAGGACUGGUUUUGUUGUGGUUGAGGUUGUUGAAGAAGAACAAGGAGGUGUUGAUGAGGGUUUUAGGAACUUGCUUGGUGAAGAAUUUGGGAAUGGCAAGUGGAGGGGAUCGACGAGGUUGUUGCUGCUCGAUGAACGCUAUGCGGAUGGAGAUGUGGAGGCGUUGCCUGAGGCGAUAAAGGCUGUCUUGAAGGAGUAUGCAGAAAAAAGCACCACUUUGACUUUUGAGCUAGUGAGAUGCAAGUUGACACUGUUUUAUGAUUACUGGCAGAUGAAUGAGAUCUUGGAGGCCUUGCUGCCUGAGGGUGUGAUUGUUCCAUCAGCUUUCGAGACUGUUGGUCAUAUUGCGCACUUGAAUUUGAAAGAGGAACAUUUACCAUACAAGAAGCUUAUAGCAAAGGUUGUGCUGGAUAAAAAUAAGCCAAAGAUAAAAACAGUUGUGAACAAGAUUGACUCCAUUCAUAAUGAGUACAGGACCAUGCAGCUUGAAGUUUUAGCAGGAAACCACUCUCUUGUGACUACAUUAGUUGAGAAUGGACUUCGCUUUCAUUUUGACUUAGCAACAGUAUAUUGGAGCUCUAGGCUUGCAACUGAAAGACAAAGGCUUCUGAGCGGUUUUACACAGAAAGAUGUUGUCUGUGAUGUUUUCUCUGGAGUUGGUCCACUUGCCAUAUCUGCAGCAAAGAUAGUUAAGUGUGUUUUUGCUAAUGACUUGAACCCAUAUGCAGUGGAGUAUCUGGAAAGAAAUAGUGUUCUAAACAAACUCGAGAGGAAGGUUAAGAUCUUUAACAUGGAUGGAAGAAGGUUUAUUAAGGCCAUGUUUGCCAGUAAUAAAGCUCAUUCCAUUACACAAGUGGUUAUGAACUUGCCAAAUGAAGCCGCAGAAUUUCUAGAUGCAUUUCGGGGAAUAUACAAAGAUAUUCCUAAGAAUGGGGAAUUCACUUUUCCAACAAUCCAUGUUUAUGGAUUCUCCAAAGCCGAAGAUCCAGAAUUUGAUUUUCAUGAGAGAAUAAGAAUUGCGUUGCUUGAAGUGGCAGUCAAUGUAGACAUGCGACGGGUACGACCUGUUGCACCUGGAAAAUGGAUGUUGUGCGCAUCAUUUGUUCUCCCUAAAAGUGUAGCAUUUGCUAAUACUGCAGUUGAUGCCUAACCAGUUUUUAGUUUGUCAUUUAGUUGUUUCAUGCAGUAAAUUUUGUUUCACUACAUUAAUUUUUUAAAUUGAUAUUGUAUAUAUAUGUAACAUGAUGUAUUUUUGGAGUACCUUUUCAUUCUUUUAAUCAUUUUUCAUCAUUAAAAUGAAUAAACGAAGUCAAUGUUGUAUA